AUGGAGCUGGCUUACCUUCACUCGAUUGUGUACCUCCUCUACGACGGUUACGUCAGCAAGAUCCUCAUGGCCGAGCUCACCGGCUUGGAGGAAACAGUGAUGAAGCAGUGGAGGGCGGUGUGGGAGGAGGUCCGGUUCUUGCCGACUGGGAUGUGGACGGUGAUAUGGGCACGGGGCGCGUUCCUCCCAAAGACACGGUUCGAUGAUAUCCUCGGGAAGUAUCGAGCGUACAAGACAUCAGGCGAUGCGCACCACGACGCGCUUUUGCCCGCGAUCUGGUUCCCCGUCGAUGCCGACACGAAGGAAGGGAAGGAGAAGUCGGAUGCAAUGAUGCCGGCCAUGAUUGAUCGCGUGUCCUUGUGCGCUGCGUAUGGGAAAGUCGCUGCAUCCGCGGCGAGAAAGGAGGGCGACACGGAUCAGACGUCGGCGAAGGUCGCACAGGCGCUAUCGGCCUCCGCUUGCGCCCUGUGGUGCUUAGUCGAGGGCGACGGCGCCCAGGUGGCUGAUGCCGUGCGCGAAGGGAAGGCGGCGGCGAUGGUGGUCGGCACGAGCGAGACUACCGCCGCCGAGUUCAAGAAGGUCAUGACGGCGGUGCUGGAGGCCGCGAUCAGCAGGCAGCAACCCCUCGGGGAGGUUGCGCACAACGUCGCACCGGCGCUGGAGUCUACCGCUCUGGCUAAAGCCUAUCCGGGGUUGGAUGUUGAAGCCGAGGCCAAAGUGAUCGCACGAGCGACGGUGGAAACCCUCGCGUUCUGGGGAAUGUGCCCCGUGGAUGGGCCGAAACUCAAGAAGAUCGGCAUCGCGGUGCCGCUUGACGCGCAUAUGGAGUACGAUAUCGAACACAGGGGGAGGAAUAGGCAGAGGGGCAAGCAGGGCAAGGACAGCUCGGGGAAGAAGGGGAAGAAGGGCAGAGCGGGCAAGGACAGCACGGCGGCGUAG